UUAUGCCUCUCUCCCCAUGCCCCGCCUUCUCCUGUGUGGCUCUGCCCCCUCCCGCCGGACUUCGGCGGACCACCAGCCCUUUUGAACUCCCUCGCGCGCGGGUGGCUUCUCCUCUCGCGAUACGUGGCUGAGGAGGUGGGUUGCCGCAGUGCCCGGCGUGCUCGCCUCUGGUAGAAGUGCGGGAAUAUCUGCGCGUGAUGCUGCUUGUUCCUGAGGCGUUUGCCCGUACCCUUCCCCCUCCUCCGCAGACAUGGCCGGCUGCUUAGCCCGCGAACCCCUGCUCUGAGGAGGUGUCCACGCUCACAAUGAGGAAGGGCCGCUCUCGGGGGGACAAAGCGGGUCCCUCAGCGCUUCAGGUCCCCAGGAGGCUGGAACAGCCUGCCAGGGCCCCUGUAGACGCCUCGGAGAGAAGAGCUGCCUCCGCUGCCGGCAGCAGGAAGGAGAUGGAAGGAGCAGGUCCUGGUAGCGCCGCCUGCAGGGAACAGCCCGAGAAGAAUAUUGUGGCAGAACCAAUUUCUUUGCGCUGCAGAAAACUUAGUAACCCUGACAUAGCUUCAUCAGCUGGCAAAAGUAAGCUCCAUCGCCAACUGAGUGAAGAUGACUGCAAGCUUCGCAGAGGUAGUUUGGCCAACUCCUUAUCAGGAAAGCAGUUGCUUCCUUUAUCCACUAGCAUGCACAGUGGAGUGGGACAGUCAACAUGGCAACCAUCUGGAGAAUCAUCAAAUUUGGUCCGCAUGAGGAACCAGUCAUUGGGGCAGUCUGCUCCUUCCCUUACAGCUGGAUUGAAGGAACUCAGUCUCCCUAGAAGAGGAAGUUUUUGUCGGACCAGUAACAGAAAGAGCUUGAUUGUAACCUCCAGCACAUCUCCAACACUUCCACGCCCGCAUUCUCCACUCCAUGGCCAUGCAGGCGGAAGUCCAUUGGACAGUCCCAGAAAUUUCUCUCCAAGUGCACCUUCUCACUUUUCCUUUGUUCCUGCCCGUAGCCAUGGACACAGGGCAGACAGGACAGAUGGGCGUCGUUGGUCCCUGGCCUCGCUCCCUUCAUCUGGAUAUGGAACAAACACUCCCAGUUCAACAGUUUCAUCAUCAUGCUCAUCUCAGGAGAAGCUGCACCAAUUGCCUUAUCAACCAACAGCAGAUGAGCUCCACUUCCUGACAAAGCACUUCAGCACAGAGAGCAUCACUGAUGAGGAAGGCCGGCAUUCUCCAGCAAUGCGUCCUCGAUCUCGCAGCCUCAGUCCUGGUCGUUCUCCAGUGUGCUUUGAUAGUGAAAUUGUAAUGAUGAACCACGUAUACAAAGAACGAUUUCCAAAGGCCACAGCUCAGAUGGAGGAACGGCUGGCUGAGUUUAUUGCAUCCAAUGCACCAGAGAAUGUGCUGCAGUUAGCAGAUGGGGUUCUAAGCUUCAUUCAUCAUCAGGUUAUUGAAUUAGCUAGAGACUGCUUGGAUAAAUCACGUGAAGGACUUAUUACUUCUCGCUACUUUUAUGAGUUACAAGAAAACCUUGAAAAACUCCUACAGGAUGCUCAUGAGCGAUCAGAGAGCUCAGAAGUGGCAUUUGUUACCCAGCUGGUGAAAAAGUUGAUGAUCAUCAUUGCACGCCCUGCACGAUUGCUAGAAUGUCUGGAGUUUGAUCCUGAAGAGUUCUACCAUCUGCUAGAAGCUGCUGAAGGCCAUGCCAAGGAAGGAGAAGGGAUUAAAUGUGACAUCCCUCGUUAUAUUAUCUGCCAGCUGGGCCUCACCAGGGAUCCCCUGGCGGAAAUGGCCCAGCUGAAUAGCUAUGAUAGUCCAGACACUCCAGAGACAGAUGAUUCUGCUGAAGGAAAGAACCGGGAAGCCACUGCGCAAGCCAAGAAAACUCCAUCUGAAGAGGAAUUUGAAACUAUUAAGCUAAUCAGCAAUGGGGCAUAUGGUGCAGUGUUCUUGGUGCGCCACAAGACUACCCAUCAGCGCUUUGCAGUGAAGAAGAUCAAUAAGCAGAACCUCAUUUUGAGGAACCAAAUUCAGCAAGCUUUUGUGGAAAGAGACAUACUAACCUUUGCAGAGAAUCCCUUUGUUGUCAGCAUGUUCUGCUCUUUCGAAACCAAGAGACACCUAUGCAUGGUCAUGGAGUAUGUGGAAGGAGGUGAUUGUGCAACUCUCUUGAAGAAUAUUGGAGCUUUGCCUGUUGAUAUGGCAAGGAUGUAUUUUGCAGAAACUGUUCUGGCACUGGAAUAUCUCCAUAAUUAUGGCAUCGUCCAUCGUGACCUAAAGCCUGACAAUCUUCUCAUAACAUCAAUGGGUCACAUCAAGUUGACUGACUUUGGCCUCUCUAAAAUCGGCUUAAUGAGCCUGACUACCAACCUGUAUGAAGGUCACAUUGAGAAAGAUGCCAGAGAAUUCUUGGAUAAGCAGGUGUGUGGGACUCCAGAAUACAUUGCCCCAGAAGUCAUCUUGCGGCAGGGUUAUGGAAAGCCUGUGGAUUGGUGGGCCAUGGGAGUAAUCUUGUAUGAGUUCCUAGUUGGCUGUGUUCCUUUUUUUGGUGACACACCUGAAGAGUUAUUUGGACAAGUUAUCAGUGAUGAAAUUGGCUGGCCAGAAGGAGAUGAUGCUUUGCCAUCAGAUGCACAGGACCUCAUUGGUAAACUUCUCCGACAAAACCCUAUGGAAAGACUGGGAACAGGGAGUGCUUUUGAGGUGAAACAACACAGGUUCUUCAAGGACUUAGACUGGAAUUCAUUACUCCGACAAAAAGCAGAAUUUAUUCCACAGUUAGAAUCGGAAGAUGACACUAGCUACUUUGACACUCGUACUGAGCGGUAUCAGCAUUUAGAUUCUGAGGAAGAGGAGGACUUGAACGAUGAUGAUCAUGUGGAAAUUAGGCAGUUUUCCUCAUGUUCUCCAAGGUUUAGCAAGGUGUAUAGCAGCAUGGAACGUCUUUCCAUCCAUGAAGAAAGAAAAACGCCACCACCCACCAAGCGUAGCCUGAGUGAGGAAAAAGAUGACAGACUAGAUAGCCUUGGUGGCCUGAAGAGUCGAGACCGCAGCUGGGUGAUUGGGUCUCCUGAAAUACUGCGUAAACAUUUCUCGGUGUCUGAAUCCUCUCAAACAGAGAGUGACUCCAGCCCACCUCUGACUGUGCGACGGCGUUGCUCUGGGCUUCUCGACAUGCCCCGCUUUGCCAUUUCAACUGAGGAAGAAGGAAAAAAGAAACAGUUGGAUGGGGCAUCGCUGCCUGUUACACAGCCACGGGAAAGUCAUCCUAUUCCAAUUCCAGAACAGCCUGUGGAGCGAGAACUCCAAUUGGAUGACGAGGAUGGGUUAAAAACACCUUCUUCAACUGUCAGUAAUGUGAGCAGCUCAACACUGACAGCUGGGAGCACUACGGACUUCUUUGAUCAGCGCACUCACAGUAAUAGCAACGAGAGCCCAGAAUUUACUACUCCCAAAGCUACAAGUGACUUGGCAGUGCGGCGAGCCCGACAUAGGUUACUCUCUGGGGAGUCGGGGGAAAAACGUACUCCACGUCCCAUUAAUAAGGUGAUUAAGUCAGCAUCAGCCACAGCCCUCUCCCUCCUAAUUCCUUCAGAGCACCAUACAUGUUCUCCAUUAGCCAGUCCAAUGUCACCUCAUUCUCUGUCCUCCAACCCAUCUUCAAGAGACUCAUCUCCAAGUCGAGACUUUUCUCCUGCUGUCAUGAACCCCAAACCACCGAUCAUCAUCCACCGAGCUGGGAAAAAAUAUGGCUUCACACUUCGUGCCAUUAGAGUCUACAUGGGGAACAGUGAUGUCUACACAGUGCAUCACAUGGUCUGGCAUGUGGAAGAAGGUGGCCCUGCAAGUGAGGCUGGUCUAAGAGAAGGGGACUUGAUAACCCAUGUGAAUGGAGAGCCUGUACAUGGAUUGGUUCAUACUGAGGUGGUGGAGUUGGUCUUGAAGAGUGGGAAUAAAGUGUCCAUAUCUACUACACCUUUUGAGAACACGUCAAUCAAAGUUGGGCCAGCUCGGAAGGCCAGCUAUAAAUCGAAGAUGGCUAGGAGGAACAAGAAAAGUAAAACAAAAGAUGGGCAGGAAAGUAAGAAGAAGAGCUCUCUGUUCAGGAAGAUUACCAAACAGGCUUCCCUGCUUCACACCAGCAGGAGCUUAUCUUCCCUCAGCCGGUCUCUGUCAUCUGGGGAAAGUGUUCCUGGUUCACCUACUCACAACCUCUCCCCUCGUUCACCAACACAGAGUUAUCGAUCUACUCCUGAGUCUGCACAUUCAGUUGGUGGAAACUCUUCUCAGAGCAGUUCCCCUAGUUCCAGUGUUCCCAACUCUCCUGCCAGUUCAGGACAUAUCCGGCCCAGCUCUUUGCAUGGGCUAGCGCCAAAACUCCAACGGCAGUAUCGAUCUCCACGACGUCAGUCUGCAGGAAACAUUCCUCUCUCGCCACUAGCUCACACUCCUUCGCCUACCCCACAGUCUACGUCACCUCAGCGCUCCCCUUCUCCUUUGCCAGGACAUUCAGUUGGCAGUUCAAGCAUCAUGCAAUCUUUUCCUGUAAAGUUACACUCUUCCCCACCUCUUGUACGACAGAUUUCAAGGCCCAAGAGUGCUGAACCACCAAGAUCCCCUCUACUGAAGAGAGUCCAAUCAGCUGAGAAACUGACCUCUUCUCUUUCCUCAGAAAAAAAGUUGUCAUCACGCAAGCACAGCUUGGAUAUCUCUCAUUCCGAAUUCAAAAAGGAGAUGCUCCAGAGAGAUCCUGGUCUCCAAAGUUGGCAGGAAUCUAUGAAUGAAACAGAUGGAGGUAAAGUUGGCCUUGCAGAAAAAGGUACCCUACAAAAACCUUCUUCCAGAAAACUGGGAGCCAUUCGGCAAGACAGGGUGGAGCGAAGGGAGUCUCUACAGAAGCAGGAGGCCAUCACAGAAGUAGAUUCUUCUGAAGAUGAAACUGAUGAAGGAUCAGAAGAUAGUCAGGAUGGGAAAAGAUUGGAUCGGCCACCCUACAGUAGAGACCACCAAGUAUCUGAUCCUUUUGCCGAGGAUAUGAAGCAUUCUUCCAAGUUGGAAAGCAAAGACAGUAUGGGGGAUGAUGCUUUUCUUCCUCAGGAACCAAAAACAGACAAUUUGCAGAAAGGAGCAAAUCAACAACCAAAGGAUGUUGCAAGAACACAACCAACUGGCAUAGAUGAAUCACAGUCUGAGGUUUGUGUGAGAACUUCUCCUAUAGAAAAACUUGGUGACUAUGAAACAAUUAAACCAACAGAGUCUGAAAUAGCAUCAGAGUCAAUACAAGGCAAUAUUCUCAAACUUGCUGGUCAAAAAAGUGCCUGUUUUGAAGAUGCUAAAGAUCCCAAACAAACUCUGACUAUCCAAGAAAGCAUGGACUGUCCAGAGCAGGUGAAGUGCCUACCAAUGAGACAUCUGCAGCUUGGUCAAGGUGACUGCUCAGGGCUGGCAAGUGGCAAAGAUAACCUGAAAGAAUUGGCUUCUACAGAAGCCACUUAUAUAUUGUCUCAUGACGUUAUGCCUUUGUUAGCACUUUCUUCUACUUGCACAACUAGCACAAACUCUCUUCCAUUAAUAAGCCAAAUGGACUGUGAAGAUGCACCUCAGAAACAGGAACCCCAGUCUGUCAAGGAGAGCACCAGUAUUCUAAACCUGAUAAACAGUGGCAAAAGGUCUGCACAACUGUCUUGUAAUGCUGAAGAAUCGCAAGGGUUGUCCUCUGUAAUGUCAAUUGCAAAAAACAAAAGUCAAGUAAAUGAUAAAAAUCUAAUUUGUCCUGUAAGUAGUCCAGCUCUCACACUUGAUGAAUCAUCUGAAAGUGGAAAUGUAGUUUGGCCAGCUCAUUUAGCAAUAGAUGCAAAAGGCAUCUUGGGCUCAGCGGAUUUUAACAUAUGUGGUUCAAGAGAACUAGAAAAAACAAGAGAAGAGGAGGAACUGUUUCAUAUGAAAGAAAAUAUGUUGAAGGAAGAAAUGCAGGAAACACUAAAGGAAAGGCCAAGUUCAGUAACAGCCACACCUUUCAGUAUAGGUAGUCUCAUGAAAAUAUGUGGCCCCCACAUCAAGUCAGAAAGCCCAGCAGAGUCUUUGGAACCAGAUUGUUCAGUGGGAGCCAAAGAGAAGUCAGGGCUUGGUAAUUCUAAGGUACCUGAAAUUUUGGGGGAUAGGUGGCAAAUACCUCCACCUGAAAAACAGGCAGAUGGCACAGCAAGGGAGAGCAUGAGGAUUUCUUCUGGACCAGAUUGUAGCCUGAGUUCCAAAACGGAGACUACUCUGAUGCCAGGAAAUGUCAGAGAGGCUGGAAGUCAGUCACAAACAAGAGACUUCCUGUUGUCAGAAGCAAAUGCUGUGAAGAAAACAUAGCAACAUAUCUACAUUCAGAAACAAAGAGCAUUAGUAGAGAGAAGACUUUUGCAUCUGUUUUUUGUAGAUUUGUUUUCACUCUCUUGCCUUUUUCAUUCUUGCAAUUUAUUUUUGUACACAGCAUUUGAUGCCUCUUAACAGGGUAUCUUUAAAACAAAAUUAUAACAUGGUUUGUAAACUCUUCCCAACCUUUUUUUGCCCUAGUUUUGAAGCAUCCUUUGAAUUGUCUUCCUUUUGAGCAUUUUUCUUAUUUAUUUCAAAAUCCCAGAGAACCACAUUUGCCAAAUUAAGCAACUCGUAGGAAAAUGGCCCAUUUUGACCACAAAUUCCAAAUUUUAGUCCUUGUUUCCAAAAUGUGAGGUCAUUUCUUCUAAGUUGACAAGGAUAAAGAAAUAAACUCCUUUAAUGGCAGACUCUUCUGAAAUUCUUAUGCCACCUCACACCUUCCUUUCAUACAUAUCGUGGACUUCAAUAUACAUAUAUUGAUAAGGGAGCCUUCACGUAUCAGCUUGUGCAGUGAGGCAACAUCCCCCUUUUUAAAAGAAAAACCUGUUAAGCAAAAUGUCACAACAAAAAAACUUUAGUUUCUCUUUGAUUUUUUAACUUUGUUAUAAGGAGGCAUACUUCAUCUUUUUUUAAAAAGAAUUUUUAAUACUUUUAUUUUGCUCAAAAUAGGCAAUAACUUAGAGGCACAAGUGCUUCAGUUACUUUAAUUCAGGGAUGGGUAACCUGUGGCCCACCAGAUGUUGCUGAACUACAACUCCCAUCAUCCCUGGCUAUUGGCCAUGUUGACUAGGGCUGAUGGGAGUUGUAGUCCAACAGCAUCUGGAUGCCACAGGUUCCUCACUCCUGCUUUAUCAAAAGUAGCUUACCAGCCUCUCUGCAGAGGCGUGCUGGGGGAGAUCAUCCCAAAUGUUCAUCCCCUAAUCUCAUGGAGUUAGCUCCUUGUGGAAGCAGUUAAGACCCAGCAAAGACUUUGUGAGUGAGAAGUGAUCUUCAGUGAUUCAACAGGCAGAGACCAAACCAUUUAUAAGUGAAGUACUCCCAUUAGCAUCAGUGUCACUUUCCCAAGUGUAAGCAUUCAGUAAAUUGGCACCUCAGUAAUACAGAACUACAAGUUUAUAAUAAUGUAAAUUUCCUCCAUUAUUUAAUCUACCUACUACUUUUCUUAAAUGCCUAUGUUUCCUAAAUAACCUUUUGAAUAUUUUUCGAAGUUCAGUAUCAGGUGAUGCUUUAAAAAAAAAGACAGCUGGAUCUAUGAUACUACACUGAUACAUAUAUACAGUAUAGCAUUAGCUGCAACAUUUCAAGUCUGUUACUUAUUGAUUCUGAUUAUAGUUUAUAGACAAAAGUGGCUAUUUCCAUAAACCCCACAAUUCUUGUGAAUUUAACCUACAGCCUUGCCUAAUAGAAUACAUCUGUAUGCCUGGGCAGAGAAAGUAAUGAUUUGCAUAGUCUCCUGUUCUAUGUAGACAGAGGUGAUCACAUGGUGACUAUAAUAGCUAUUCAGGGCAAGGACUGCAAUUAAUUACGGUACAACUUUAUUACUCUGCCACAUUUCUGAUACGAAACCUCUUCCUGCAUUAUUUCUUCUUACAGAUCCAAUAUGUACUUUUGGACUAGGAACACGUUCAUAAUUCCAUAAUUUGUAAUACACAUUUCAAGUUUCUCUUGCCCAAACUCCCUCAGGGAGUUUCCUGGUCAAUUAUUUGAUUUUACCUUUGGACCAACAUAUUUUUGAGGUGGCGUUUUCUUUACAUUAACCACUCUUUGUUUACAUACACACGUGUGUGUGUGUGUGUGUGUGUGUGUGUAAAGGGUAUGUUCUAUCUGUGUUUUAAUGCUAAAAGGAUCCAUUGGCUUUCUCGUAUGUAAACAUUGUAUGUAAUACAUGAAGCUUCAGUACUCAAAACUUCAAUAAUAGUUCUUACAGUGAUUUAAGACAUGCUAAUUUCUUUAAUCCUGCCACCAGUGCAAAAGAGCUAAAUUUAUGCACUAGCAUUUAAAAAAAAUAAACCAUUAGGCUUUCCUCCAUCUUUAUCUGUGUCUUACCAGCCUUUCCUGUCACUUUGCUGCAUUGUCCUCGGGACAGAGGCAACUGGAAGCAUCAGAACAUACAUGCAUACUGACAUUCAGGAAAAGGGAAUUGAUGGCAUAGCUACUCAGAAAUGCACAUUAACUUGAAUAAUAUAAAAAAUACUGAAUGCUGUGAUUUACACUGUGUAAAUUUGAGCCCUGAGAUGAAUAAUGUAGCUUCAAACAUGCUUUGUAGCAUCUGUAUACACAAAGGCAGCCAAAGGAUUUGUACCUCUAGUUUAGCCAAAUAAAGGAUAUUGGGCUGCCUCAUUUCUGUAUUAUAGAUGUCAUUUAGAUAUUACCUUUUUAUAUACUUAUUCCAUCAUUACCAAGAAACCUCUGUCAUUUUUAAUCUCCAGAAAACUUCAUUUUCUUAUGUUUCUUGAUAGAUUCCUGUACCUUUUGCCCUAUUUAAGCAAAAUUACUGGCAACAAAAACAAUGUUGCAUCAAAACCCCAUGCCAGUGAAGCAGAUUUAUUCUUUGGACAUCUGAAAUACAUAUUUUGAAGACUUCUGACAAUCAUGAUAUUUCUGACGGCAAAAUUAAGAUCUUAGGCUUUAUGUUUGUAAGUACUUAUGUGUAAUGAGAGUUGAAUUGAUGUUGUUACCAUGUUGAGGAGGCAGGUUAGCAUGACUAUUUAGAGUCUAGUUAAGCCACUUAGUGCGUACAGUGUUGAUCCAAUUAGCUGAGACUCUGAUCUCCACAGUGUUCCAUAAAUGGGAGCGAUUGGAUAACUCUGUUUAGGUAUGAUAUAUGUGCAGCCAUCUUAGCAUGUCGCUUUCUUAAUUUCUUAUUUUAGUUGAUGUCUGGAAUUCCUCAUACACCCUUUGUUUUCCUCAUGUACCCUUUAAACUUUCAGUAUCCACCUGAUGCAUUCCUCAGCAAUACUUCAUACCAUUAUAAGCUGCAUCUAAAACCAUCAAAUAGAUAUUAAGUGUAAAAUUUAGAUUUUAGCCUUGCCUAAAAACCACUCCUGGGGAAUUAUGCCUAAGACCUUUUAGUGUUCAUUAUGCUACAAAAGAAUACUCAACAUAGAGCAGGGUAAAAGGAAUGACCUAUGGGUUUUUUUUCCUCAUUAGCACUGAAUUAAGGUGUGAUUUGGGAUUUUUGUUUAUUUCUUCCUGUGGGGAGGGUUAUGUCUUUUUCCAGUUUUCUCUUACUGGACAUGAAGGAUGAUGCCGUACUAGUAGAUGAUUUUACAGCUGUGUGUGUGUUUACAUUGUUUUUUGUUAUUCUGGAGGCUGCGAGCACAGCUUUCAGGCUGUGCUUCAAUUUCAAGGUGGUGCCACUCAGCAGCUGGCUAGCACAAAGAUAAUGUUGGGAUAUAAGUGUUUUUAGAAACUUGAACAAUUGCCACAUAAUAGGGGUGCAAUAAUUUUUAUUCAUGUUGUA